AUGGACAAGGAAAAGGGCACCGCUCCAUCUUCUGGACACAGGAGCAAUAAGAAAAUUAAGGCUAUAUUGAAUGGUAAGUCGAAGGCAGCUGCGUGGUUUGUAUCACGGUGUAUAUCUUCAGGCCGAAGAGAAAAUUUUGUCAAGAAGCUGAAACCAGAGUUAUAUAAAUUGAAUCUCACGCUGGAUGUUUACGGAAGGUGCGGUAAUUUGAAAUGUCCAAGGACCAAGGAGGGUCGAUGUUAUGAUAUGGUGAAAAAAGACUAUUAUUUCCAUUUGUCUUUUGAGAAUUCUCUCUCGACGGACUAUGUGACGGAGAAACUCCUGACCGCACUGAACAAUUUCGCCAUUCCUGUUGUAUAUGGAGGUGCAGAUUAUUCUCGGCCCUCCCAUAUCUUGUACCCCCGACGUCUAGCCCCAGAUAAACUGAAAAUAGCCCGCGAGGAAUUUCAAGCAAUGUUGGCAAUUGGCACAGUUCGCCCUUCUGAGAGUCCAUGGUCUUCAGCGUUGCAUCUAGCGCCUAAAAAGGACAACGAUCAUCUAUCUACCUCCAGGCAGCUACUUGAACGCGCGCAAGCUUGGUCCAAAGCAGCUUGCGAUGAUUAUGAAAGAGAUAAUGGGAGACAGAACCAGGUUCCAUGA